UUCCAAUACAUUAUAUUAUUUUCUACCAAAUAAAUUAUGAUUGAUUUUUGGUCUUAUGUUUGAUGAGGUCUUAAAAAGGUCUUUUACUAUUUGUGCGCCGGACUUUUAGAAUGAUUCAAGAACCCAGUUUUAAAGUUAAUAAUUUUCAAUUCUGAACCAAGUUCAUCAACACACAAACAGAAAGCAGAGAAAAUUAUUCAUAUUAAAACAGUGAAAUUGCAUCUCUUUUUAUUAUGUGACUAACAGAUUGGAGACAAUGGCCUCAAGCAUUCGCUGGGCCAGUGGGCGACUCAUUGAAGCCGAAGUGGCUGAUGAAAUGAUUGGGCUCAUCAAUGAGUUAAUUCAGGAAGCCAGCAAUCAACAUCAACCUUCUUUUCCUGGUUUCACUGUACCUCGAAGGGCAGGACAUGUGGGAAGAUCAGUGUGUCAAAUAACACAACAGCAGCUGCAGAUGUUACUAUCAUUUAACUUUUCUGGCAAACAGAUUGCAAACAUAUUGGGUGUAUCAAGAAGCACAGUGAAGCGACGGUUAAGACAGUACAAUCUAUCAUUUCGGGGUCGUUACACAACUCUAUCAGAUGAAGCACUUGACAGCAGUGUGCUGGAGAUUGUCUCUGCCAAUGACGAAAUAGGACCUGAAGCUGUUAGGGCUCAGCUUGCUGGUGAAGGCAUCCUAGUCCAGAGACUACGUGUGCGGAAAAGUGUAAUCAGGACUAAUCCUGAAGGUGCUGCUCUUCGGACAAUGUCCCACAGGCUUCACAGAAGAACAUACAAAGUGGCAGGACCAAAUUCACUGUGGCAUGUAGAUGGAAAUCAUAAACUCAUUAGGUGGAGAAUUGUGAUCCAUGGAGGUGUUGAUGGGUACAGCAGACUUGUGGUUUUCCUACAAGCUUCAAACAACAAUAGAAGUGACACUGUUAUGGACCUGUUUAUUGGAGCAGUCAGCCAGUAUGGUGUCCCUUCAAGGGUCAGAUGUGACCAUGGAGGGGAAAACAAUGGAAUGUGUCUCUUCAUGGAUAUCUUCCAAGGCUCAAGCAGGGGAAGUGCUUUACGAGGGAGGAGCACUCAUAACCAGCGCAUUGAGAGACUAUGGAGUGAUGUGUGGAGAGGUGUUACAAACGUCUAUUAUUCAUUGUUUGCAUGGCUGGAGAAUGAAGGAAAAUUGGACUCCAGUAAUGAAAUGCACAUGUGGGCUCUUCAUUUUGUUUAUCUCCCUCGGAUAAACCGUGAUCUCAGAUUGUUCAUUAAUCAGUGGAACCACCACAAGCUGAGAACUGCCCACAUGUCACCGCAUCAGAUUUUUGUGCAAGCUUGUUUGUCACAACAUUUGCAACAUCACACUGGCAUUCAAGGCCUCUUUGGAGCAGAUGAACAGCCAGAAGCGGAGGGCGGCGAGGCAGGGGCAGCCGCAGCGGAGGGCGGCGAGGCAGGGGCAGCCGCAGCGGAGGGCGGCGAGGCAGGGGCAGCCGCAGCGGAGGGCGGCGAGGCAGGGGCAGCCGCAGCGGAGGGCGGCGAGGCAGGGGCAGCCGCAGCGGAGGGCGGCCAGGCAGGGGCAGCCGCAGCGGAGGGCGGCGAGGCAGGGGCAGCCGCAGCGGAGGGCGGCCAGGCAGGGGCAGCCGCAGCGGAGGGCGGCCAGGCAGGGGCAGCCGCAGCGGAGGGCGGCGAGGCAAGAGUGCCUGCCUUUGACUGGCAUCAAACAGUGGAUGUCCCUGUGAAUCGGUUUAUACUCAAUGGAGAACAAUUGGAACACAUCAGGCAAAACAUAAAUCCUUUGGGGGGUGCAAGAGACAGUUUAGGAACUGAUAUUUUUGAACAGAUACUUAACUACCUGUCUUGAAUACAAAUGCCAAUUGCUCUGAUCCAGUAUUUUUAACUUUUUGCAGACAGACUUCAAAAUGUUAAAUACCCAUGUUUGUGAAUAAACACGCUCAUAUCUUGAUUAAUGAUAACUUUUA